AUGUCACCUGGAGCUAGUGGCGCGCGGCGUGGAAUGCGAGUUGCGACCCCGGAUCCCGGAGGUGGCGCGCGCCGGCCCUGGCGCCGCACGGGACGCGAGGGCUGGACCGGCGGUGAGGUGCGAGUAAAGGUUGGAUUUUAAGGCGGGGGCGGCUCCCGGAGACACGCGCUCAGGUUGGAGGGUGGGGUGAAUGCCGGGUCGGCGAGUGCACCUUGUUCUGCACCCCUGCGCCCACCUCGGGAACUGCACGCGGCACCCCCACCUCCCACGCUGAUGAUAGUACGGCCUGCAGGGCUCCCCUGGCGAACGAAGCUUAUGGUUCGCUCCACCCCGCCCACACAGAGGCCGCCCACCGGCUCUGCAGCUUCUCAGGACUCCUCUGUCAGAUCAACUACAGAAGGGGCUUGGCCUUCGCCCUCGGUCUGUCUUUAAGGGCAGGGGGCGUUGUCUUCGGUUAUGA